AUGCGCAGUUCCUGCACCCAUCCAGGUUCAAAUGCCGAUGGGCUCGCAAGCAGGGAAGGCGGUUGCGGAGUUCGCAACGUGGUGUGCUUGGUCUUGUUUCUUGACAAGUGCAGUCGCUUGCAGGCAUCCGCUCGUCCCGAGUUCCCGAUCUCGGAUUCACAGCAUCUCGAGGAGCUGGCUCUUUGGGGAGCUCGUGCGAAAGGUCACGAUGGACUUGAUCAAGGGUACUGGGAGCCUUGGGGACCGCCUUGCGACCUCCAAGACGUGGCGCGCGCCGAGAAGGGCACAUUCGGUUCGGCCGCCAUGAGAUUGGAAGCCUUAGAGGCUGAGUUGAAUCAGCUCCGAACACAAGAGGCACAGUUUCAUCAAGGAUUUGCAGCACCCUCGCGUCUGCCGCCCCUUGCCUCGGUGUCACCGACGCCUGCAACGAAUCCCAGCUCGGCCAGGAUAAAUGGACCCAGUCCGUGUCCGACCGCACGGGAGGAGCGUGAGGACUCCGCUCUUCCCAAUGAGAAGGCGUUCAAAGAGUUGAUGCUUGCGCACCGGGAGUUGCUCCAGACGCUAACGACGCAGUCUACCGGGCAGGCAGAGCUUUUGAAGCAGCAUUCCGAGCUGAUGAAAGCUCACCAGGAGCUUGUCAAGCUUCGCUCUGUGCCAACACCGACGCCGCCGGCCGAGGUGAGGCCUGCGGGCUCUGCGAAUCCUCGCAUUCGCAGGCACAAGACUCGUCACUUUGUGAGCAACGACAUUGAGUUGCAAGCUCCAAGCGAGCCAACCCUUUUGGAUAACACCCUUCUCUUCCUUCCAGAGCGAGCUGUCCGUGAUAUGUCUCUGGAGCCCAAUAUGAACGACAAGAGUGACAAUGACAAAACCAUGUGGAGUGGACGUGUCUGGGAGUUGAGGGAGCUCAUGGCCACUUUCCACAGAGACAAGUUGGCUAAGAUUGCAUCCGACACCGCUCAACUCACCGAAUUCCGAAAGCGUGAGCUCAAAGCCAAAAUGAAGGAUCCCAAAGUGCGACAAGUUUUGAGGAAGUUCGCGGCAAGGUGGCGAGGUGCAGCCUAUCGCAACCGCUGCAGCUUUGCGGUGCUUGAUCGCUUGAAGUAUUCGAACUUACGGGGCACACUGAUCUACGCGCAUGGCUCCGGAGGCUGCAGUUGGGACAACUACCGAAUAUGUCGAAUGAUAGCUGGCAUGGGAAUCCUGGUAAUCGCACCGGAUGGUUUUGCAUAUCCAAAGAACACUGCUAUGGGUCAGAUGAGGCACAAGGAACUAGCACCUCUGCAUAAAGCCACAGAUGAUGUGGACUACUGGGCCAACGAUCUUGUGUACACUUCCGGUGCAAACGGGACGUUCAAUUACUCCAGCAAGGCAGCAUCAGUACUGCAGAAGCCCGACGAGUACAAGGACAUCUACGAGAAGUGCUAUCAACUGCGGCGGUCAGAGCUGCACUUCACGAUCUCCCACCUGCCACACUGGGUUCACUCUCAAGGCUUUUAUCUGGGAGGCACAUCUGAAGGAGCUAUGACAGUUGCAAGGUUCGAUGACCAGAGAUAUGGUGCCAUGCUCAUCGGGCGCUUCAUCAACUCCUUCAGCAUCGAGUACUGUUACUUUACGCCCGAACCGGAAGCAGGAUUGAUCGGUGGUCAGCUGGAUGUGCCGACGUUGAAUAUCAUCGGCACGAGGGAUCAGUACUUCGGGAAGGAGGAUUCGGUGGCGAAGUUGGUGGCGGAGAACGGUGUAACAGGAUAUGGCGACAGGAAUCUCACCGGCAAUGGGUACCAUACUCUUGUUCGACAAGGAGUGGACGUGGGCCUGGUGUGUGUUUUGGAGGAUGGUGUGCAUUCCCCAUGCAACACACACGACAACUUCAUGCGGCAGAUCUUCAACACCUUCUUCUCCAGGACGCAAUCCAUCUGGGAGCUGCAUAUGAUUUGGGCCGUGGAUCCAUCUAUGAGGGCCCUGGUUCAACUCGAGGACACCACUGCCGUCGGUGAAGGAAUGAUUGGCAAGAAUAUCACGCGACUCUUCGUGCCCAAGAUGAAGUACCCCAACAGGAUGAGCUUGCGCCAGGUUGAGAUCUUGCGGUCCUUCAACAGUCAGGACGAGCUUCGGGAUGCGAUGGCCAAGGAGAAGUGCAUCAUUGAGGCAGAAAGGACAGAAAUCAAGGAACAGCUGGACCGCGUUCGGGUGGAGGCAGCCAAACAGCGAAACUUGAAAUUGACGGGAAAGCCCGCAUCGAAUUUUUAUGCAAAAGACAAGCUUGCUAUCAAGUGUGCGUGGAAAGACGCCCUCGGUGCCUACUCCCAGUGGACGACCAAGCAGCUGAGGAGCCAGCGUGAUGCAGUGGCACGCCUUGCUGCAGCUCACGUCCAGCUCCAAAAAUGUAUCAGUGCAGAUCUCGUGGAUGGCAAAGCUAACUUUGCCUCCGCCGUGGUGAUGCUGACGGAAAUGCCGAGACGGAUGCAAGUGAUGGAGGAUCGGGUGCAGACUCUGGAGUGCCGCAUUCAGCUAUUGAACGAUAGCACGCUGCCCAGGGUGGAGGACUCAGAUGGGCAACUCUUUUGCUUCGGGAUUGGCCAUGAGAAACUUGGAGAGUGCUUGGAGGCUUCGUCAAAGGCAUUGAAGGCUCCUCCCAGCGUCUCUGACAAGCCUUCGGACGAGGCAGUGAGGGAGUGCAGAGAAGCGGUGGGUGUCAUGUUGUCCAUGCAGCAGAACAUGAAGCAAGAGUUGGCAGCGAUCGAGGAGCAGAUGUCCAUGAGGUCGAAUGACUUUGAAGCAUCUCUGCGGGCUGCGGCGAAUGCCAACCAUGAUGCGGUACACACCCUCUUCGCGUUGCACAGCCAAGAAGUGGAGGCCCUUUAUGCGCGAAGCGCUGCGUGUGAAGAAGGGCUGCAAGAUCUGCAGACUCAAUCAUUGCUCCUCUCCAAGUGGAAGGACGGUGCGUCUUCUGACCUUUGCGAAUGUGCGAGGCGAUUGACGGAGGUGGAGAAGGCUGCCGUGGAAUUCACGGACAGGCUUUCGACAGGCCCGGCCUUUCGUCUGAACUGUUGGACCAUCGUGGACAUAGGUUUGGCAUCGGUGGCUCUCCCCCCUUCUGUACUAAGCUCCAGUCUUUGUAGUUCUGAGGCCCCUAAGCAAGAGAGAGCUCUGCAGGGAGCAGGAAGAAGUCGUGACCUUUCUUCACGCCAUGACACUGUUGCUUAUGUGGGUUCUCACAGACAUGAAACUUUGUGGUGGCACCUUCCCGCCAAAUCUUUGGAGAGCUACAAGAAUCGCAUUGGCAUGAGGCCGGCCGGCCUCCCUCUCUUUGGCUUGAGGCGAAAGGUCGUCAGGUGCUUGCUGUAA